AUGGCAGCUGCUGACCCCGGGGCUCACACAGAGAAUGUGGCACUGGUGGAGCUGAGAAAGGAGGCGCUGGAGCCCCCAGUGCAGAAGGUGGCCUGCGGCAGUGUCCAAGACAAGAAGCCAGGAGACCCUGAUGCUACUCUGCCCUGGGACCAGUCCCGGCACUCUUCCAUGAGUGAGCUGGCCACGGAGCCCACCACCCCAUCCCGCAAGGCAUCUGAGACAGAGAAGAGGCCAAGCCCCGAGGGGAGCCGCAUGGGCCCCGAGCCGGGGCCUACUGGAGAGGAGGAGGUUAUCCCCGGCUCUUCCCUUCUGCGGGAGGAGGAGGAAGGCAACAGGAUGCCUGAGGUGGCUGCGCAUGUUUUCAUCCCCAUCGAUCCCCACUGUAUCGAGAAGGCCCCCGGGUGCCGAGGCUCGGCAGGGGCCAGCGACUGGAAGAAGAAGCAGCAGCAGCUGGAGGAGGAGGCCAUCGUGUGCUGUGAGAAGGAGAACGGCGACCCCGAGAAGCUGGCCUUCCUGACCCACGGCCCCCUGAGCUACCCCACGCACUACGACGAGCCAGCUGGCUACGGCGGCGGCCAGACCAAGCCACUUGCCGAGAGGCUGCAAUGCCUCCAAUGCCAGGACUGCAGCUCUGCCAACCUCAAGGCCGUGGCCUCCAUGAUCGGGGCCAUGAUCAUCUUCCCCUGCUUCGUGUACGGGGCCUACGUCUUCCUGCCCUUCGAUGCCCCCCUAAUGCCAACCAUGAGCGCCCGGCUGGUCUACACCCUUCGCUGCGGAGUGUUCGGCACCUUCCCCAUCAUCCUGGGUCUGAUCGUGUACGGGGUCUCCCGCCUCUGCUUCUCCUCGGUGCAGCCCUUCGGGGAGCUGCGCAGGGAGGUGGAGAUCCACCGGCGCUACGUUUCCCAGUCCGUCUACCUCUUCAUCCUCUACUUCUUCAACAUUGCUGUGCUGGCCACCUACCUCCCUCAGGAAGCCCUGAAGCUCAUCCCGUUGCUCACGGGGCUGUUUGCCAUCUCACGGCUGCUGUACUGGCUGGCCUACGCCAUGGGUCGCUCUUUCCGGGGCUUCGGCUUCGGCCUGACCUUCCUGCCCCUGCUGACCAUGCUCCUGUGGAACCUCUACAGCAUGUUCAUCCUGGAGCCCGAGAACAUGUUCGCCACGGCCGCCAACGGCAAGCAGGACAUGCCGUCGGAGAAGCAGAGCCGGGCCGCAGCGCCCAAGCCGAGAUACUGGGGGUAA